CUCGCAGCGGGAAGCAUCGCGAGGUUUGGACCUGAGGACGCGGACUGAGCUGCGUCUGUCUGGGAAGCGGCGGAUAACGGUUCUGUUUAGCCGAACUCAGCGGUUCUGACCCGGUUCUGACCCGGUUCUGACGCGGGACAUCAUGGCCUCCUGUCGGCUGCUCUGCCUCGCCGCCGCCUGCCUCCUCGGCUCCGCGGGGGCCGAACAGCGGAAGCUCUCCCCAGAGCAGCUCCUGGUUCUGACUGCAGCCACCGAGGAGACGGACGGCUUCAGGCGCUUCAUGAGGACGGCCUCGCAGUUCAACUACACCGUCAAGGUUCUGGGUCUGGGCGAGGAGUGGAGGGGGGGAGACGUGGCGCGGACGGUGGGGGGAGGUCAGAAGGUGCGGUGGCUGAAGAAGGAGCUGCUGAAGCACCAGGAGGACCAGGAGCUGCUGGUGAUGUUCGUGGACAGCUACGACGUGAUCUUCUCCUCGGGUCCAGAGGAGCUGCUCUCCAAGUUCUGGGCUCUGGGUCACAGGGUGGUCUUCUCCGCCGAGGGGUUCUGCUGGCCCGACCAGCGCCUGGCCUCCCGCUACCCCCAGGUGCAUUCUGGGAAGCGCUACCUGAACUCCGGAGGGUUCAUCGGGUUCGCCCCGGACAUCAGCGCCAUCGUCCAGCAGUGGAAGUCCAAAGACAGCGACGACGACCAGCUGUUCUACACCCGCAUCUACCUGGACCAGAACCAGAGGACCAAGUUCAACAUGACUCUGGAUCACCGCUCCAGAAUCUUCCAGAACCUCAACGGAGCCAUUGACGAGGUCGUCCUGAAGUUUGAGAGGUCAAAGGUCAGAGUGAGGAACGUCGCCUACGACACGCUUCCUGUUGUCAUUCACGGCAACGGACCCACCAAGCUGCAGCUGAACUACCUGGGGAACUACGUCCCCACGGCCUGGACCUACGAGCACGGCUGUGGGGUCUGUGACGACGACCUGCUGCCGCUCACCGACGUUCCCGACGAGAACGUGCCGCUGGUCUACGUGGCGGUCUUCAUCGAGCAUCCCACUCCCUUCAUGGAGGAGUUCCUGGAGAGGCUGACCACCCUGAACUACCCCAAGACCCGGAUCCGCCUCUUCAUCCACAACAACGUGGUGUACCACGAGCGCCACAUCCAGAGGUUCUGGGAGCGCCACAGGGCUCUGUUCCCGGACACCGUCAUGGUGGGACCUGAGGAGGACCUGCAGGAGGACAAGGCCAGGACCAUGGCGAUCGAGGCGUGUAAGAAGAACCCAGAAUGCGAUUACUACUUCAGCAUCGACUCCGAAGUGGCGCUGACCAACCCGGACACGCUCAGGAUCCUCAUCGAGGAGAACAAGCCGGUGAUCGCCCCCAUGCUGUCCAGACACGGGAAGCUGUGGAGCAACUUCUGGGGCGCCCUGAGUCCAGAGGGGUUCUACUCCAGGUCCGAGGACUACAUCGAGAUCGUCCAGGGCAAGAGGAUAGGUGUGUGGAACGUGCCGUACAUCACCCAGGUGUACCUGAUCCAGGGCAGCGUCCUGAGGUCCAAGCUGGCCCAGGUCAGCCUGUUUGUGGACGAGGGCAUGGACCCGGACAUGGUCUUCUGCCGCAGCUUCAGAGACCAGGGCGUCUUCAUGUUCGUGUCCAACCGAGACGAGUUCGGCCGUCUGGUGGCGUCCUCCAACUUCAACACGUCCAGGCUGCACCCGGACAUGUGGCAGAUCUUCGACAACCCGCUGGACUGGAGGGAGAAGUACAUCCACGAGAACUACUCCAAGAUCUUUGAGGAGGGGACCAGCGUGGUGGAGCAGCCCUGUCCAGACGUCUACUGGUUCCCCGCCUUCUCUGAGAAGAUGUGUGACCAGAUGGUGGAGACCAUGGAGGACUACGGCCAGUGGUCCGGAGGCUCCCACAAGGACGAGCGCUUGGCCGGAGGCUACGAAAACGUCCCCACCGUGGACAUCCACAUGAACCAGGUGGGCUUCGAGAAGGAGUGGCUGAAGUUCCUCAAGGACUACAUCGCCCCCGUCACCGAGAAGCUGUACCCUGGCUACUACCCCAAGGCCCACUCCAUCAUGAACUUUGUGGUCCGGUACCGGCCAGACGAGCAGCCGUAUCUGCGGCCGCAUCACGACUCCUCCACCUUCACCAUCAACAUCGCCCUGAACAGCAAAGGCAUCGACUACCAGGGUGGAGGUUGCCGGUUCCUGCGCUACGACUGCAAGGUGGAGUCUCCCAGGAAGGGCUGGUCCUUCAUGCACCCGGGCCGCCUCACGCACUACCACGAGGGUCUGCCCACCACCAAAGGGACCCGAUACAUCAUGGUGUCCUUUGUGGACCCCUGAUGGCCUCGGGGUGCAUGGGAGUGGGGGGGUGAGCCUGAACGCAUCAGAGUAGGGGUUAGCAUUCAGACAGGAACCUGAACGUAGCAUCAUCAUUCCAGAGUCCCUCCAUCUGGUUCCCUUAGAACUUCAGACAUAGAAUGGUCACAUUUCCAGGUCCUGAAGGCAUCGCCGCUGGGCAUUUCAAAAUAAGAGUCUUUUCUGUGAAUAAAUCAGUGGUCACCGUGCUGCCUUCACUGAACCUAUGCAAAAAACACACUCCAGGUGUUUCAGUGCGAGCGCAGAGGGUUUAGGACCAGACUUCUUCUCUGCGUCACUCCUUCCCCACCUAACCUGAGAUCACAGCGCCCCCUGCUGCUGCUCUUUGUUACUAGCCAAUCACAGAGCCCCGCUGGGCUUUAGCCAAUCACAGAGCCCCGCUGGGCUUUAGCCAAUCACAGAGCCCCGCUGGGCUUUAGCCAAUCACAGAGCCCCGCUGGGCUUUAGCCAAUCACAGAGCCCCGCUGGGCUUUAGCCAAUCAGAGCCUGGCUGUGAGCGCAGGCCUGCAGCUCUGAGCGCAGACAGGAAGCCAUGACUGUUACUGGGGAACACUAAGGGUUUUUAUACGUUACUCCUGCUGCUUCAUGUUUGGGUGUUUAUCACUGGCAGAGAGAGGAACCAGCGGUUCUCCAGGACUGAUGGUUUCCAGCUGUCAGGAGGAGCAAUCAGCUCUCUGGCUUUGUACAAACUGCUCUAAAUUAUUUGUUUCAAAGUGACUGAAUAAAGUUUUACCUACAGUC